AAUUCCAUAAAAAAUCCACUCUCUCUUUGCAAACAGUGUUCCCUUUCGCACACUCACACACUCAAAUUCACUUACUUUCCCAAUCUCUCACUUUUCUGCAAACCAUCUUCUCAAAAAUUCUAUCUUCUUAAACACUUGACAUUUGAAGCUCAUUCAUUUUCUUGAAAGCAUUUUCAUACAUAACCAAAGAAACAAAAUUUUACGUUUAGAUCUCAGUUUUCUUGUUCUUACUCCAAAUCUGAAGGUGCCCACUUCAUUUCUUGUGAGUCUGGUUCAAUCUUUUCUUGAUUUAUGAACAAUUGGUGUUCAAAUUUCAGUUUUUCAUUUGCAGUCUAUCAUUGUCUGUUCAUGUUUUUUUGCUGAGAAAGUGAUUGCGUCAACUUGUAAGUUGUAACUCAUUGGCCUUAUUUUUGGGUCCCAUUAUAAAGUUUCAAUUUUUCAACCAACCCAUUUUUUCUUUCUCUCAUCUAUUACUAAUCUUCACCAUCAUUAAUAAAUAUACUUUUUUUUAUGUAAUCCCAUUUCUCCUUCUUCUUUACAGCUCAUUGAUGUCUUACAAUUUUACAUUUUAGUUUUAACCCCACUGUUUAAUCUUGUUUGCUUGGUCAAAUAUUAAUCCCCACUUGCCUAUUUUCUUGAAUUUGUAUGUAAGAUGUUUAAUUUGAAGUUCAUUAGCCUUACCAUCUUAUGAUUAUUUUGUUCUAAGCCCAUUAAGUAUGCUUACACAGGACAAGUUCUUCAAUGUUCUGUUGUUUUUAUCAACUGGGUUCUGUCUAUUUUAUGGUGUUCUUUCACAAAUUCACUUAGGCUCAACACUUACUGUCGAGGAAAAUAACUCAUGGGUAUCUCCAAGUGGUGAUUUUGCUGUUAGAUUCUUUAACUGCUCUGAUCAGUUUAAUCAGUUCAGUGUUGGUAUUCAUUUUAGUUCAAAUUCCAUUCCUGUUGGUAAGCAAACUGUUGUAUGGAUUGCUGGAGCUGAUGUUACAGUUGGUAACAGGUCUUUUUUCCAGCUUUCCCAAAAUGGGGAACUGGUUUUGGUUGAUUCGUCGAAGGGAGUAACUGUGUGGAGUAGUAAAACUAGCGAAUUGGGUGUUGUUUCGGCUUUUCUUCGCGAUGAUGGUAAUUUUGUUCUGCUGGAUAAAGUUGGGGCUGUUGCUUGGCAAAGCUUUGAUAAUCCAACUGAUACACUUCUUCCGGGGCAGAGUUUAUCAGUUAACAAAAUGCUUCGAGCUGCAAGCAGAAGUCCUGUGUCGAGUUACUAUAGUCUUUACAUGAAUGCUUCCGGGGAUUUACAGCUACGGUGGGAGAGUAAUGUCAAAUUCUGGACUAGUGGAAAUCCGUCUGCUUCGAAUCUUAGUGCUGUCCUAACCUCUAAUGGAGUCUUGCAAAUUGUAAAUCAAACUUUGGAUCCCAUGUGGUCUGUCUUUGGUGAGGAUCAUAAUGAUACUGUGCUGUUUCGAUUGUUAAGGCUAGAUGUUGAUGGUAAUCUACGGAUGUACUCGUGGGUGAAUGCUUCGCAGUCGUGGAGAUCAGUCUGGCAAGCUGUUGAUAAUCAGUGCAAUGUGUUUGCAACUUGUGGCCACCAUGGAAUCUGUGUCUAUAAUUCAUCAGGUUCUCCUGAAUGCCAAUGUCCGUUAAAGACAACAUCAGAUUUUAACUCAAAGUGUUUUGAACAGAAUUGCGGUUCUGUUACCAGUAUGGUCACAUAUGAGCAUACCUUUCUUUAUCAGAUUUAUCCACCAAGUGACACAAUUGUCCACACUAGCUUAGAGGAAUGCCAAAGUUUCUGCUCCAAGGACCCGGAUUGUACUGCUGUGACUUUCACAAACGAUGGAACUGCUGAAUGCCGGAUCAAAAACUCCAAGUACUUCUCUGGAUAUUCAAGCUCCUCUUUGAGUUCAAUAUCCUCUAUUAAGACAUGUGCAGACCCCAUAGCUGUUGAUCCCCACCGUACGAGAACUUCAGCAAAAUCUGCAACAAAGGCACCAAUGAGGUUGUGCAUUCCCUGUCUUGUUGGUACUUCCUCAGUAACAUUUGUUGUAUUAACUGUAAUCCAGUUUGCAGUUGGCUGCUAUAUCUAUAGAAGAAGAAAUAUGAUGUUGAAGAAAGCUGCCUUAUUGCAUAUGGGAAGUAACUCAAAGGGUCUAAUGAUGUUAUCCUAUGCUGAAAUCAAAGACAUCACAGGAAAUUUUAAGCAUCAAAUCGGGCCAAAGAUGUAUAGAGGUGUGCUUCCGAAUCACCAGCCUGUAGCAAUCAAGGACUUGGAAACAAGUUUAGAAGAAAGGAAGUUUCGAGCUGCUGUUUCAAAAAUCGGAAGCAUACAUCACAAAAAUUUGGUGAAGCUUAAUGGCUAUUGUUGUGAUUCAGGUGAAAGACUUUUAAUUUACGAGUACGUCAAAAAUGGCUCUGUCGAUAAAUUCAUAGUAGAAGAUGAGUUGUGUAAGAGAUUGAGUUGGAGGAGGAGAGUUGAGAUAUGGUUGGGUGUGGCAAGAGCUAUUGCUUACUUGCACACAGAAUGUAGAGAGUUUAUAAGCCAUGGGAAUUUGAAGUGUGAAAAUGUUGUAUUGGAUAAGAAUUUCCAAGCCAAGGUAAGCGAAUUCGGGUUAGGAAAAGUUCAUGAUGAGGCUGCAUCAUAUGUCGGAGAGAAAGACGUGGAGGAUUUCGGCAAGAUGGUAUUGAUAUUGGUAACAGGGUGUCGUGAAGUCGAGGAUGUUUGUGAAUGGGCGUAUAAGGAAUGGAUCGAGGGGCACCCGGAGAGUGUUGUGGAUAAAAGAAUUGACGAUGGGGUUGACAUGGAUGAGCUGGAGAGAACAUUGAGAAUUGCAUUUUGGUGUCUUCAAACCGAUGAACGAAUGAGACCUUCGAUGAGCGAGGUAGUGAAGGUGUUGGAAGGUACAUUGACAGUCGAUCCGCCACCUCCUCCUUUUGAUAGCCGGAAGUUACCAACUGAAGAAGAGUCGCCAUUAGAGUCAGGUUCGGAAUGCUAGACAACGACCUACGUCGUAUUUUCUCUGUUGUUUAUCCAUUUUGGUUGUGUAUAGUAGGGCUAACAUUGCAAAAUGCAGCAAUUAUUUUCCCCAAAUGGGGGAUUGAUGUAGCAAAUUUUGAGUGAGAAUCCCCGGAACUAAUUAUAUGACUCAUGAGAACAAUUUGUGAUAGCAAGCAGUGUUUUCUUCUCA